AUGAACAUGGACCAAUAUAUCCUUGAAGCACUGGAAGGUGAGUUUUUGUCGUAUGAGAGUCUUCCAGUACUAAACCAAAGAGCUUUUGUGCCCUACACAAGCAGACCCAUCACUGAAAAGGGGCUUGAUAAGCCUCCUAACUCCAUGAACAUGAACAAGAGGAUGGUACAGUUCCUGAGGAAAAGUUGGGCACCUGCAACUGCCAGAAUCGUAACUGGAGAGGACUGCAGAGAACGCGGUUUUAGCCACAUGCUCAACGAGCGCAUGAGGAGGGAGAAGCAGAAGCAGGGCUACAUGGCCUUGCAUUCCAUGCUGCCUACUGGAGCCAAGAGUGAUAAGAACUGGAUUGUGCAAAUGACAGCCAUGAAUAUUCAGCAGCUGCAGAGGUAUAAGGAGGAGCUGAGAAAGAGGAACAUGGAGGUUGAAGCCAUUUUGGUGGCAAACGAAAAGGAGCGAGUGAAUUGGAGCAAGAUUAGAUUAAGGGUGGCAAAUCCAACAUCAGGGGUUGAUUCUAUGCUGGAGGUUCUUAGGUGCUUGCAAUAUUUGGGGUUGAAAGCCAGAAAUAUUCAAUCUAAUUUCGAUGCCCAGGAGUUUUCAGCAGAGCUGGAAAUUGAAACCAAGAUUGGGGCGGCGGAGAUAGAAGAGGCCUUGCAAGAAACCCUCUAUGAAGCUGAGAGGAAACUUCGGUUUUCAUUUCCAGGCAGGUGA